UUUUAACUUUAUUAAGGAAGUCCAGUCAGCGAGCGAGCCUGUGUUUGCGUGAACGUGUGAAGCGGAAGUUUGUGUGCGGCUUUCUAUGGGAACAUUGCAACGCAAAACCACUGAAAAAACCUUCAAAACACAAAGAAGGAAAAUGGAGCCGGACGAGGAUCCUCCGCGUCAAGACGAUCGUCCAACUCGGAUGACGAGACAGCAGACCCUCACCUUGAUAUCCAUGGCGUCCGUCAACUUCAGCUCCAUGAUCUGCUACUCCAUACUUGGUCCUUUCUUCCCCAUUGAGGCAGAAAAGAAAGGUGCGUCGCAGACCGUGGUGGGCAUCAUAUUCGGCUGCUACGCCGUCUCCAAUCUGAUUGGCUCGCUGAUCCUGGGCCGAUAUAUUGUUCAAAUCGGCGCCAAGAUGAUGCUCAUCGUGGGACUCUUCGUGUCGUCGGCCUGCACCAUCAUCUUCGGGCUACUGGACAGAGUCCCCGCCGGCUCCACUUUCAUCGCUCUGUGCAUUAUCGUGAGGUCGGUGGACGCCGUGGGCUUCGCAGGCGCCAUGACCUCUUCCUUUGCGCUCUCAGCUAAAGUUUUCCCGAACAAUGUGGCCACUGUUCUGGGAAGUCUGGAGAUUUUCACCGGACUGGGCCUCAUCCUGGGCCCACCAGUCGGAGGGUGGUUCUACGAGUCGUUUGGCUACGAGGUUCCCUUCAUGUUGCUGGGAUGCUUCCUGUUGGCCAUGGUGCCGCUCAACAUCUACAUCCUGCCGUCCAUUGACGCCGUUUCCUCAAAGUCCUCUUUCUUCCGCCUUCUGAAAAACGUGAAAAUCCUGCUGCUCUGCUACGUCAUCUUCACCCUGAGCUCGGGUCUGGGCUUCCUGGAUACCACGUUGUCCCUGUACGCCGUGAACCAGUUCCAUUUGACCGCCGGCUACGUGGGUGUCAUCAUGCUGGGUCUGUCGUUUCCGUACUGCGUGGGGUCACCGCUGAUGGGCGUCGUCACGGAUAAAUAUCCGGCCUCCAGGAGAUGGUUAAUGGUGGUCGGCGGCGUCGCCACGGCCGUUGGGUUCCUGUUGCUGGGGCCCGCCCCUUUCCUUCACAUCCCAAAGCAUCUGUGGCUGCUGGUCGUCAUGCUGGGGAUAAUCGGGUUUUCUCUGGCCAUGACCGCCAUCCCCGUAUUCCCGGAGAUCAUCACGUGCGCAUACGAUAAAGGAUUCGAGGAAGGACUGAGCACUCUGGGAAUGGUAUCUGGAUUGUUUGGAGCGGUUUGGUCUGCAGGGAUGUUCUACGGGCCCACCAUGGGCGGCUUCCUCACGCAGCGUCUGAGCUUCGAGUGGAGUGCCGCCAUCCAAGGAAGCCACGCCCUCUUUGGUGCUUUCCUGCUGGCGCUGUAUUACGCCUCCCAUCCAGCACAGCCACAAAGGAUUCCAGAAGAGCGGAGACCGAGUGAAACGCUUCCUCUCCUGAAUGAAUGAGACUGUGUAGCGUGAGGUGACAUUAAAGCUGACAGCAGCGCCCUACCGUUCACGUUUGAACUCGAUUUCCUCUUUCGACUUUUACGACCGAGGUGAGUGUCGCCUCCCGUGCGGCGAGAAUUGCUCCGAUGAGGGUUUUAUGCCGCCUGAUUGGGGAUCCUCUCCAUGACUCCGCUAUGUGUUUACGUUCAUUCGACUAGCACACAGAGUGUUUUGGAGGACAAGACAUGCUGACAUAACAAAGAGAGCAAAAUUGUUCAGUGCCGACCUAUCCCGUGAACGUGGUACCCGCUUCCCUAGUGGGACAAAAUUGAGCUCCAAACUAACUGCGAUGCUUGUUUGUUUUGAAAAACAAACAUGUCACUGUGCUAAAUAGUCACAAAUCGGACGAAUAAUUGUAGCUAGCUAGUGACAGAUAGGCAAAACGUGUAAACAAAGAUGCAAGAAUAGUCAAACGGCGAUUACCACAUGCACGCUAAUCGCUUUGCAUUUCUUGACAUCGGUCGGAGCCUCCCUAUUAUUCAGCAUUUAUUACGAAAAAUUGAAAAAUUGUAAAUAUGUACAUGUCAAACAGUCUGCUGCAUAUCUGUGCCACUCAGUAAUGUACUUUGCUAAAGCUAACUCUGUGACGGGAAUUGUCAAUGUACACUGUAGAAAAAUAAAGAGUUCCUAAUGAAUAAAUAAAUAA